AUGGAUACCCAGUGGUGCCUCUGUGGAAAGCGAACCGAAGGCGACCGCCUCUACUGCUCCCGAAAGUGCCAGAGCCAAGACGGCCACUCGACCAGCCCAGGCCGCCCGAUCCCGUCGCUGCGGAUCUCGCCCUCGGUCCGGUGCCAUUACUACCGCACGACUCCGACGCCCGUCCGCGAUGCCACCUUCACCUUCACCUUCACCUUCACCUUCACCUUCCUCUUCCUCCUCCCUGCGAUUGCACCCAGCAACAUCGACACGCAACGGUGUCGUUGGGAGCACUAUUUUGUCUCGUUUCCCUUCGUUUUUUGGUACUCGUUCUUUUUCCGUUCAUUGUUUUUAUCGCAAGUCCGCUAUUGUGCCGUCUAGACUCUUGGUAUUUAUCUUCACACGCAUGUAUUUUGUGGGGGCCGGGGGCUUUUUCUUUAUUACUCCCGAGCUUGGCUUCCCGAUUCUGUCUGGGUCUGGCCCUCGUUCGCAUCUCUCUGGAGCACUUGCCGUCGCAUUCCUUUGACCUCCCGGUUCAGGGCUCCGCUGCAUCCUGUCAUCUGCAUAUACCAUCAAUACACCAUGCAUCCACC